CGGGUCGCACAUGCCCGCCUGUAAUAACAAGCUCGCCGACUCUCGUCCCAUGCCAGGCGAGUUGAUCGCCGUGGAUACAUAGAGCUUGUAUCCCCGUCCCCUUUGUGGCCUGCCCGCCCGCCCCCCUUACCGCCUUUAGUACCACGCUUGCGUGCCUGGAGGACGACUCACGUGUACGGCACACGUACAUUGCGACGUCGCAUUGCUCGAUUGCUUUUCGCCCAUUUCUUUCCUCGUCGACCUCGAACAAGCUUCGGACACUUCCACGGAGCGGCGCCGUGCAAAUAAAUGCAGGUCCGUUCGCGACUCGUCGCGGCCAACAGCCCGCCCAAGCAACAUCCUUACCUUUACGCCUCAGCCAUGCGCGCCAGUCCAAUCGUUCCCGCGCAUAAGCCACCAGCGCCAACCGGCGACCUGGGGGCCAUGCCUGCCUGCCAUGCCAUGCCAGUCACUCCUCUGGGCCGGCCGCCUGGCAUUUACCCCACAGCAAAGGCGACGACCCCAGGUCUUCCUUCACGUCAGCUCAUCCGGAUAAAGCAUGUCAGGCCAACCACUGCUUCCUCUCGCCUAAUCCUCGCUCGCAAAUCGAAUCGGCCUUGACACCCGGGGGUCGCCUGCGCAUUAAUACCUCGUCGCUCCGCGUCUGUCUCGUCCACACGCCCCGCGAUUCAAGGGUGUUCCAUCCCAUCACGUUCCCUGUCGGCUAGCCCCCCCCCGCACGUUGGCCCGCCCGAUCUCCGACGACAACGACGACGUCGUAGGCCGGCCCUCCUCUGUCAACGACGUCGCAUCCGACGCGCGCCCAUCCCGAACACCCCUAGCGUCUCGCAGAGUCGUUGCCGGCAAUCUACGAUGUUCGUCCUACCGCCUCCGCCACGCUAUCCGGCCGGCGGUCCUUACCAUCCCGGCGGCCUCACGGGCAUCGUGCCCAUGAUCGAGACGAACAAUACGAUAUCGAACCCGACAGGCCCCGAAUGGCAAUUCCUUGUCGGAGAGGGAACCUAUGUGCUCAAGGAGGACUUGCAUCUAGCGACGCCUCCUCCACACCCCUCCGAAGCCCCAAUCGUGAAUCCGAAUCCACUGGCAACCAACCCGCAACCAGCGACGGCCGGUACGAAGCUUUCCCUUGUCAGCCUCGACCAGCGACCACCACCCUUCGUUUACAAAGGGCCCGCGGAAUCGACUCUGUCGCUGGGAGGCUCUGGGGUAGCCAUGAAUGAACACCAAAAUGAGUUCCGUUACUCUACAGAGGGCGGAAUGAGCAGCGAAGACGGUCGGGGCACAUCAACAAGCGAUGCGCCCACUGCUUCCAUCACCCUGGGAUCAGCUCCGGCUUUUGGUGAAGGCAACGCAUUGCUCAUGCCGACCCCCACAAAAGACGCCAACAAGAAGAGGAAGCCAAAGAACAACGUCACUAAGAGCAAUUCGUCCUUCAUCUCGCGAGUCAUUGUCAACGAGAGCCUCUCCAGGAGGCUCACGGACCGACCAAGUGACGGGAUUUUUGCCUUUGCCAACAUCAACCGCGCGUUUCAGUGGAUCGAUUUGUCAUCUUCAAACAAGCAAGACUAUCUGACCAAGAUAUUGUUUACCAAAGCACACUGCUUGUGCCACGACGUAAACAAAACCACGCGAAGUUCUUCGCAUAUUGAUGUUAUAAUGGGUUUCUCCACAGGCGAGGUCAUCUGGUGGGAGCCCAUCUCUCAGCGGUAUACUCGACUGAACAAGAAUGGUGCGAUCAACAAUACUCCCGUAUCUGAAAUCAGAUGGAUCCCCGGUUCAGAGAACCUGUUUCUCGCAGCUCACAUGGAUGGGUCUCUGGUGGUCUAUGACAAAGAGAAAGAGGACGCCCCAUUUAACCCAGAAGAGGAGGCCUCCAGUGUCAAUGGAAGCGAGGCGGGCGAUACACCAAAUGGCCUGACUCAUGGCAACAGGAUUAUCAUCCAGAAGUCGGUGUGUUCCAAAAACCAGAAGACCAACCCCGUGGCUGCUUGGAAAUUGUCCAACCAGCGGAUCAACGCAUUUGCCUUCUCUCCGGAUCAUCGACAUCUAGCCGUGGUUUGUGAGGAUGGCACGCUCCGAAUCAUUGAUUACCUGAGGGAGGAGCUGUUGGACUUGUUCAACUCUUAUUACGGCGGCCUGACGUGCGCCUGCUGGACGCCCGACGGCAAGUAUAUUUUGACAGGCGGACAGGACGACCUGAUCUCGAUCUGGUCCUUGGCCGACUCAGGACUGGUUGCGAGGUGCCAGGGACAUCAGUCUUGGGUCUCUGCCCUGGCGUUCGACCCGUGGCGGUGUGAUGAUCGGAAUUACCGAUUCGGCAGUGUUGGAGAGGAUGGCCGUCUUUGCUUGUGGGAUUUCGGCGUCGGAAUGCUGCAUCGACCGAAGAAUGCAUCAUGGCAGCGAGGAUCUAUCUCAAUGCCUGCUGGUGGUCCGCAGCGGGUUGACUCAACCAGCCCCGUUGGCGCUCGAAUGCGGUCGAACUCUGGGCUGGACGGUGAUGAUGACGGAGACGGCAUUUCCCACCCUGUUGAGCCGCGGGCCCGCAUCCCCAUGCUGCCGCCUGUACUUACGACUGUCAUUGACACGCACCCGGCUUGUUGGCUGGACUUCACCGAGGAUGCGAUUAUCACAAGCUGCAAGAACGGCCACGUCAGGACGUGGAACAGGCCCGGCAAAGGGGCAGCGGCCCAGGCUGCAACAGCGUGAUGCGUGCUUUGGCGCGAAUCUUGUCCCUAGCUAUUGCUGGAUUGAACAUUUUGUGUAGGUGUACAGUCAUGGAUCGUGCGGACUUGCUUGCAAGCAAGCUUUCUUGCAUAUAUCAGCUUCAAUAAUUGAUGUCGUCAAUGGCCGUUCGGCAAUAUCGUACGGUUGGCCCAAUCCGUCGGCGUUCGUCGGUGCCGCCCGCCGUGGCGCGAUGAUCUGCAGGGACUCGACAUGAUUUCCGCGCCCGUGCGACGGAAUCGGGGAGCAGCCUUUGCCGG